CAACCCUGCGGCUACACAUAGCGGCUGUAUUUUCAUUACGAACUUUAUCUGAGGUUCAAUUGUUGUGUUUAUCGCUUUGUUUAACGCCACUCGGUGGUUCAGUGGUGCAAAUGUGCAGGCAGCGAUGACUAACUGAGCAAGUCUAGCGGAAGACCGAAGAAUCCAUCAAAGAUUUCGAUCGAAAUGUCGCCGGUGGUGGACUGGGGCGAUUUUGCCUGGAACUGGACGCAGUUCUGUCCCACGGGAUUGAAGCCGUUCGCCAACGAGACCAACGAUCUGCUGCCCUGCUUCCAGGAGAUCCUGCUCCAGCUACCCGUGUACACGGUCUUCGCCGCCAUAUCCGCCUACAAUUUCGGCAAUCAGUCACGACCCGUCGUCCGUAAUGGAUUGCAACUGCGUAUGCUUUGGAUCCGUACCUUCCUGGCCAUGGUACUGGCCCUGCUACCGGUAGCCAAGGUGUUCGCCUUCCACCAGCAGGGCAUUGAACUGUUUGCGGCGGAUCUGCUGGUUGUCAGUGCCGAAUGCAUUAUGUGGGUGGUUCACAGCGGUUUCCUACUGACAGCCCGUCAAUAUGGAGAGCUUAGUCAUCGGGGAUCGCUGCUAAUCAAUGUCGUUUGGCUCACAGUAGUGGUUUUGGAUGCAGUCUGGCUGCGGACAAGUCGGCACUUUAGCUGGUGGCCCUGGAGCUUGGCCACGUUGGUCUGCGAUCUCCUGUUUGGAGCAACCUUAAUACCAAAAGGAAGUGCUGUUUACUCCAAUUUGCCCAGAUCAGGAGCUUCUUCCAGAGAGGAUGAGGCCCUGCUAUCCCAGCGAUAUACCUAUUUUCAAUUCGAUCUGAAUGAGAGCCACUUGGGUCAUGCCCAGGACGAAGCCAAUUUGGGAUCGCGUUUCCUCUUCCACUGGGUUCAGCCCCUAAUCUUGAAAGGAGUGGCUGGAAAGCUGAGAAAGAUUGAGGAUCUGUUUGAUCUUCCAGACGCCCUGAACAUUACACGACUAAGCGAGAAAUUGCACUUGGCUCUUUCGCAAUCGCAAAGUUUAUGGAGAGCACUGCAUAGAUGCUUCGGUGUGGAGUUUUACCUUAUUGGAAUCCUUCGAUUGAUCGCCGACUUGAGUGGCUUUGCUGGACCUCUACUGCUCGGAGGACUACUCCGACAGGAUCACACAGAUCCCAAUCAAGUUUAUUAUUAUGCCUUGGGUCUAUUCGGCAGCACAUUGCUGUCGGCUGUGUGUGCCACCCACUUUGACUGGCGCAUGGCCAUGGUUUCGAUGAAAAUGCGAGUGGGAGUGGUCAACUCCAUAUACAGGAAAACACUAGAGGCGAGAGGCUUAAAGGAAUCCAAGCCAGAUCUGCUAAAUCUUAUGUCAACGGAUACGGAUAGGAUUGUGAACUCCUGCAUAAGUUUUCACUUCUUUUGGAGCAUUCCCUUCAAGCUGUUUACCACAUUGUACUUGCUGUAUCUUCAACUAGGAGCAGCCUUUCUGGCGGGAGUAAUAUUCGCUGCUCUUCUGAUUCCAAUUAAUAGAUGGUUGGCCAAGAGGAUUGGCAUAUUUUCAAGUGGUCUGAUGACCGCCAAGGAUGCAAGGUUAUCUGCCACGACGGAAACAAUGCAAGGAGCCAAGCAAAUCAAGAUCAAUGCGUGGGAGGACAUAUUCAUAACAAAGAUACGAGGACUUCGACAGGAGGAGUUGCGAUUUUUAUCGAAGAGGAAAUAUCUGGAUGCCAUGUGCGUUUACUUUUGGGCCACCACUCCCGUGCUUAUGUGCCUGCUCACCUUUGGCGUAUCCGUACUAAUGGGAAAUCAGUUGAUAGCUUCUACCACUUAUACCAGCGUGGCCUUGCUCUAUAUGCUCAUUGGACCAUUGAAUGCCUUUCCAUGGGUGCUCAAUGGUUUAAUUGAAGCCUGGGUUUCCAUUAAGAGAGUCCAACAGCUGAUGGAUGUGCCCAAUUUGGAUUAUUCAUCGUACUAUAAUCCCAUAAUGAGAGGAAGCGGGGGAUCUGGAGCAGGAGAUGAUGCGCCUUUGGAUGCUCCAAAAGCCAGUGUGCUGCAGAUGAAGUGCGCCAGUUUCUGUCAUGAUAGCGAAGAACAGACAUCUCCAACUCCGUUCCGCAUGAAGGAUAUAAAUGUGGACAUAAAGGCGGGACAGCUUGUGUGCAUCGAAGGACCUGUGGGUGGUGGUAAGAGUAGCUUUCUAUCUGCCAUAGUGGCCAAUCUGCAGUGCACCGAUGGCGAGGUGUGCGUCCAGGAACUGACUACUGGAUUUGGUUACGUGCCCCAGUCACCUUGGCUCCAAAGGGGCACCAUCAGGGACAACAUCGUUUGGGGCGCCCAGUUUGACGAACAGUGGUAUAAAACUGUUUUGCAUGCCUGCGCUUUGGAGGAGGAUCUCCAAAUCCUUGGAGGCGAUCUUGUCGGUGUCGGUGAGAAUGGAAGAACACUUUCGGGAGGCCAGAGAGCCAGAGUUGCACUGGCAAGAGCGGUUUAUCAGGAUAAAAAGGUUUACCUCCUGGACGACGUGCUCUCCUCCUUAGAUGCCCACGUGGCCAGGCAUAUCAUUAAGCACUGUAUCCUGCGACUUCUUAAGCACAAAACGCGCAUUGUGGUCACACGAAAUAUUCAAUUGUUUUUCCACGCCAAUCAGAUUCUUCAGGUGAAGGAUGGUCAACUUCUUCCGAGUGAAUACAUGACCCAGAGCAUUGACUUGAGCCUGGAUGAAGAUGCGGACGAUGAGCAGGAACCAACAGCCAGGCGACGUUCGGUGGAGUUAUCCAACCAGGACGACAAAAAGAGUGUGGAUAGUCUGCUUUUGGAAGAAUCAAGGGAGUUCGGGCAUCUUUCUGGAAACGUUUUUACAUGCUACUGGAAGGCAGUGACUUCCCCACUGGCAUUUACCGUUUUGCUAUCAGUAGUCCUCAUGCAAUUAACACGGAAUUUGAGUGACGCCUGGCUGGCUUAUUGGGUCACUGAAACAACCUUGGAUCCCCACAAGAAUGACACAUCCCUGAAUCACAUUCUUAUGCGACCGUCAGUGGGCAAUGAAACAGAGUCUGGACACACAACAAAGUUCUAUUUGAGCAUUUUCACCGCCAUUGCUGUGAGCAAUUCCUUGGUGACUUUGGCCAGGGCGUUUCUGUUUGCCUACGCUGGAAUAAAAGCGGCCAUCUUUAUGCACGAAAAGCUAUUAAAGAAAGUCAUGUUUGCCAAAUUCAACUUCUUUGACAUCACCUCAGUGGGACGCAUACUGAACCGUUUCUCAUCCGACACCAACACUGUGGACGAUUCGCUGCCAUUCAUUUUGAAUAUUCUAUUGGCGCAACUUGCUGGCUUAGUAGGAGCUCUCUGUGUCAGCCUAUAUGCGAUGCCUUGGCUGGGAUUGGUGAUUAUACCCAUGGUGCCCAUCUACCUAAGCUUACAGCAGCGAUAUCGGCACGCCUCCAGGGACAUCAAACGAUUAUCGAGCAAUGCAAUGUCACCGCUUUACACUCAUUUUACGGAGACUCUGCAGGGCUUGACGACAAUAAGGAGUAUGCGAGCUAGUCCGAGAUUUCAGCGGGAUUUCCAAGUGAAACUCGAGGAGAGCAUAAAGGCCCAGUUGACACAGUCGGCUGCACAACAAUGGCUAGCUCUGCGACUUCAGUUGCUGGGAACACUGCUUGUCGGAGGAGCAGGUCUUCUGGCUGCCAUCACCGCCUCUCACACAACGAAUCCUGGCUUAGUGGGUCUAUGCAUCUCCUACGCUCUCUCCAUAACUGGUCAAUUGGGAGAUCUACUUCAUGCUGUGGCUGAAACAGAGCAGGAACUGGUCGCAGUUGAGCGUAUAGAUCAGUAUCUGCAGCUGGAGGAAGAGCAGAAUGCAUCCGGAAGUGCUGAGCCUCCUUUUGGAUGGCCUACCCAAGGAGUUCUAAGUUUUCGGGAAGUCCAACUAAGCUACAGAGAGCACUUGGCGCCGGCUUUGAGAGGUAUAACCUUCCAAACCGAAGCCUUCGAGCGGAUUGGCAUCGUUGGACGCACUGGAGCUGGUAAAACGUCUGUCUUGGCUGCACUACUGCGGGUGGCACCAUUGUCGCACGGAGAGAUUCGAUUGGAUCAGGUGAAUCUAAAAACAUUACCUUUGAGUGUGCUCAGGGAACGAAUAGGAGUUAUCACUCAGGAGCCCUUCCUCUUUGAAGGCACCGUGCGGGAAAAUCUGGAUCCGCGUCAUGGUUUCUACGACUCGGAGAUCUGGCAUGCCAUUAAGAACUCCGCAGCGGCCACUCUGCUCGUUCAGCAGUUGGGCGGAUUGGAUGGAAAAGUUGAGACGUGUGGCAACAACCUAUCCGCCGGUCAAAGGCAACUUCUUUGUUUGGCCAGGGCCCUGCUGAAAAACGCCAAGGUGGUGGCCAUCGACGAGGGCACCUCGAACUUAGACGACGAAUCUGAUCUGAGCAUUCAGCAGGCCUUAAGAAAUGCCUUCAAGAGUUGCACGCUCCUCUUCAUCGCACAUCGCCUGCGAGGACUGCACGCCAUGGAUCGUAUAAUAGUGCUGGAUGAUGGACGGAUUUGUGAGGAAGGCAAUCCCCAAAGCCUGGCAUCCGAUAGCUCAACUAUUUUUUAUGGCAUGCUAUUGGCGCAGGACAUCAAUCCAGCGGAAUUUAUCAGAUCGAAUUAGCACUAAGUAACGAUUAUUAACUACCAAUUGUAUAUAAGUCAAUUGUUAUACAAUUUUAUUUAUUGUUCUGUUUAAUUUAUAUUAUACUUGUGUUCCUAACUAA